ACUGUAAACGGUCAAUGAAAAGUUUUGGUGGCAAAAUAUUGUGAUAUUUAAAAGUGAUAUUUAAAGUGUUUUAACUACAAUUUAAGCUAAGCGCAAUUGUCUAAACGUUUUCUUUAAUGAGUUUUUUAUCAGUGUUUUUUUAAUGUACAUAAAUGUAUAUGUAUUUAGAUAACUAAGGUCCCUUGAAGGCGCAACAAUUUCCUGGAAGGUUCGCGAAACCAAUUAAAAGUAAAAACCCAUUCUACACGCAGCUGCUACAGGAGUUUACCUGAUUUGAUCAGUGCAGAUUAGCGGAAUGUCAUAUAGGUAUUUUGCAUGUACCUAAACCGCACCGAGCCUAAAGCUACCUGCCAUUACUAUAAGAAGCGCAGUAAAAUCUCAGAGCCAGCACAGUUACAAACUGGAACGUCUAACGUGAACAACGAAAUACCAAAAUGGUUCUAAGCAAUUCCACACCCAACCAGAAGACACACCAAGAGCUCAUGAUUGACACGGCGGCCAUGAAUAGCGAGGAUCUGAGCGAACUGCUGCAAUUGAAUGCAGAGAUUGAAGAGAGAAGACGAUCCAGUCGUCACAGUAGUGAUGCCUGCGGCCUGCUUCAAGCCACCAUGACACGAGAGGAGCUCUUUGAGAUCUCCUCGCUGGAUGAUGAUCGCUUCCUCAGCGCCUUGGAGCAUCAGAACUCGUAUGCCACGCCAUCCAAGGAGAGGGUGCAGGUAACGGACCUGGAUCUGUCUAGCAUUGAGAAUUUGAUGAGGUACUUUGACGAGGAGGUGCCCGUCACACCCACCAAGUCCGCCCAGGCAGCCAAACUGGUGGCUGGCAGCGGUAAGGUGGCCAGUGCCAUUGCCAAGCUGGCGAAUCAGCAGCCAGAGAUGGUUGUCAGUCCGCCCAAGCCCAAGGUGGAUGCUGGCAAGAUAAAGAUUAGCGAACUGAAGCAAAAAUACGAACAGCAGCAACAGCCUGAGACGCCGCAAACAUCCGGCAGAGGAGGAACUGGAGGCAGCAAGUCAGCGGGGAAAUUGCCCAUGAAAGUCAAGGAAAUGGCACAACUUUUCAACUCGAAGAUUAGCCAAGUGAUGCGAAGAGGCGAAGAGCCACAAUAUGUCCAACUGCACAACGAAUUCUCGCCCGAGGCCAAACCGCAGCCGCAGUCGAGAUUGGAGUCGAGACAGGGCCCGUGCCUGGUGGCCGAGGAGGUGUUCCGUGAGCUGAGUGUGCGGGAUAAAGCGUUGCUGUUCAACCAAUUCGUUGGGGAUAUGGCAGCAAAGCAUCCGAAAUUCACGGCCCAUGCUGCGGAUCUUAAGGCAAAGGUGAAGAAACAGAUGGCCCGCGGCGAGGUGGUGGCCGAACAGCAGGCGAGUGUCAAGCUGUUGGCCAAAGAACUCGAAGCAAAAUGCAUGCUCGAGCCAGGCACGCCGCCGCGCCCUGCAGGACUAUCCACCACAUCGAGUCCGCCAAAGGAAAGUCGAGCUGUGGAGGAGGAUAAACCAGAAACCUGCACCUCCAAUUUCCAUGUGAGCACACUGACGGUGAUACUAAAGCCCAGCCCCGAGCGGCGGGCACCGCAGCCCCGGCCAAGACGUUGCCUGGAACGUCAGAGCGAGAGUCAUGGGCGGGAGGGCUCUCAGAAACGGAAUCUGGCCUCCAUACGCAGUGUUCUGCCCAUCGAGGCCUUUGCUCCGCCCAAGAAAAUCCGUCGAACGCGUCAAGAGCGAAGCGGCGGCGACCAUCAGAUGUUUUUUCAGAACGAGCCGCUGGAGAGUCUGUUCUACAGUUGGCUAAGUGCCGAGAAUGGUGUACAAUUCGACAUUACCUGCGUGUCCAACAGCGAGCAGACCAUAGAGAUUGCUCUCGAAGAGACAGAUAGCGCCUCGGGGCAGGCGACGCAAGAGCAGACGGCCACAUCGAUGGGCGAGGUAAGCCAGCGAUCGGCAGUGGAGCGGCUGCUAGAGGAGGCCAUAGCCAAGCUGGAGCUGGAGAAUAAGGUGAAAGAGUCCAGCCAGUCGGAGGAAAAAGAACAGGACACAAAGGACACGCCGACAGUGACGCCGCGGAAGGUAAAGCGUCAGGCACCGCCAGUGCCAGCGCCACGUCCAAGUUUGAGUCAAACGCAGUCCACGUGCGCCAUGUCGAGCAGUUCGUCUAGUCGCAAGCAAUCGGAGGCUGAGGAAAGUGAAUCCGGGUUGUCUACACUACCAAAGAUUACCAGCGAUGAAUCUCAGCCCGAAAUGCAGCAGGGAAAUAUGCAAGCGAACGACUUUGACUUUGCCAAGCCGCAGCGUCCGCCACGCAAGAAGAAAAUGCGUCGCACACUCACCUGGAAAAAGGAAAAUUCCAUUGUGGAGGCCACUGCCAAUGCCAUUACUUCCACCGACUCGGACUCGGAUUACAAGCCAACUUUGGCAGCACCCACCAAAAAGAAGAUUCCAACGAAUAUGCAAAUGCCCGAACAGAGCUACAUUGAGCUGGAUAAAUCGCUGAUGCGGCAGGUGAACUCUCCUCGAAAGAUCAAGUCCGCCUACACACUGACUGUGAUGUCGUCGCCUUCGCCGAAUGCUGACAGCGAUCAGUCGCCGGCACAGACGCCAAGGCAGUCGCUGGAUCAGACCAUGAGGGAUAGCUUCAUCGAUCAGGGCUUUGAGACAUGCUCGAAUGAUGCCACGGAUAGUGGCAGUCCCUUGAGACGUUCCUCCGUGGGAACGACGGGUGGCAAGCCAUCGGGAUUUUCGACACCCGUCAAGGGUCGCCAGGCGGUGAGCCCCGUCCAGCAGCAGCUUUUCAGUCCGAUCUUGACUCCAGCACAGGAUAACAGACCGAGACGCAGCUCCUUGGCCAUGCAGGUGAUUCGAGAGGAUCAUCCUUUGGAUCUAGGUGAUACGCCCAGCUCUCCGCGGACGCCCUGCAGUGAGCGGGAGUUCUUUGCGAAUGCACCGACAAUGGAGAUGAAUUCAUCACAGGACGACCUGCCGGCACCCAAGCCAAAGUCAAUGUUCUGGAUAUCCGCUGGAGACUUUACCGUCUCCCUGGAGAUCUUCCACAAUACGCCCGAACGUUUGGGUCUGCUGUACGAGAUAUUCACGCAGAAGAGCUGGGAAACGCGGGACAUGGCCUUUGGCAUCGAUGCGCACAAGUUUUCGCGAGGCGGCAGCCUGGAGGCCAAGCAAUCGCUGCCCGAGCCGCCGCCCAGCGUGAAGGGAUGCUCCCACUACUGGUUCGCCAGCGGUGAUUUGGCCGUUCCCUUCAGCGGCAAACUAUUGUCCGGCGAGAAGGUGGAGCGGCUGUUUCAGUUCUUGGAUGCGGAGCUGAACGAACAGGCAGAGUUGCGCUUUGGCGUGGAUCAUCUGGAGUUCAGCUGCGUGCCCGAGUUCUGGCCCACCACCCAGAAGUACUCCAUCGAGAGCAGCUACAGCAUGCUCGUGGGACUGCAGACGGGCGCCAGCAAUGGCCUGGAGGGACGCAACAAGUACUCCUGGCCGAAUAUUGGCAGCAACGCUAACAACACCAUCAAAACGAGCGACCUGGACCAAACGGAGUUUGAGUCGGAUAGUUUCAGCAACAACAGUGGCAGCGGCAGGCUCUCCUUCUCACCGGAUAUGUUCUCCCUCGACUACGAGGCAGUGCCAUUGGAUGAGCUGUUUGCCAAGGCGGCUCCUGUGGUCCGCUCACCAGCCAUGUCCAUGCCCCAGAUGAUGCAGGUCCUGAAGCAACAGCAAACAAAGCUAAAGAAUGUGGAGGAAAGGAUACGCUGCUAUUCAAAGCCGUCGAAUCUGUCGGAUGACUCGCUGGAGCAUUGCCGCAAUACCCCGGAAUAUGUGAAGAAGCUGCGCUCCAUUAUCCGAGCCAUCGACAAUAUUGGCCGGGACAAUGGAUUCCGCACCUGCUCCAUGGAACAGCUGGAGAGCUUCAUGUAUUUCCUCAGCGAAUACGCGGAUGUUUGCCUGGCAAACUGCAGCGAGCACAUGGACAAAAUAUUGGACACUCUGCUCGAUCGUCGUUCUGUGGAGGUUUGAUCAAAUAUUGGAUAAAAUUCCAUUUACAAUUGUAAUAUGUCUUUAGCAUAAGCAUCUUA